AUGCAUGGGACCUCCGACGUCUCCACCAUCGUCGGCUGCUCGCGCAGCGUCUAUAUUACUAUGGACAACAACCAUUUCAAUCCCGGCUAUAAUCCAUAUGGUCAAGGCGCGCCGCAGAAUCUUGCCCCGCAACACCCCGGUCAGCAGCAACAGUCUGGAGGGCAGCAGCAGCACCAGCAGCAUCCUCAACAGCAGCAUCACCAGCACGGACAGCCGCCGAACAUUGGCUCACCGUAUGGUGGUCUCUCUGCGCAGAACCACCAGGCGUCACAGCAGCAACAACCAUCGCCGUCCCACACGACCCUUCCUCCUCUGCAAGCUCAGAACGGCUACCCGCAGUUCGGCUCGCUGUCUCAUACCUACGCGAACUCCCAGUCGCAACCUUCGAGCGCGCCGCACACUCCGAGCUCUUCGUCAAUGACUUCGAAUGGCCCCAGCGGGUACGGUAGCAACAAUGGCUCCAUGCUCCCGCCAUCUUACCCAGCCAACCCGUACGGACACCUUUCGCAGUCGAUGAUGUACCCUUCAUCGACCGCGACAUCGAUGCCACCGAGCAGUUCGACCGUCGGCCUUCCUACGAUUCGUCCAAUGCCGCCUGGAGGGGCCGGCGCGCCCAACGGUCUGCCAAGUCUCGCAACUGCUGCGCAAAUGGGUCAGGUCGGACAACAGGCAUCGUUCAUGCAGAAUGAGGAGGCUCCAACACAUGUGGUGGGAUCGCAGGGUAGACGUGGCAUUUUGCCCAGCGCGCCAGGCAGGCCAAACCCACCGGCUCAGGGCAGUGGUCAAGUCGCAAAGAGCAUGAUUCCUACAAAAGACGCGGAUGGAAAAUUUCCGUGCCCGCACUGCAACAAGACAUAUCUGCAUGCCAAACACUUGAAGCGUCAUCUUCUUCGGCACACUGGUGAUCGACCGUACAUGUGUCAUCUGUGCAAAGACACUUUCAGUCGUAGUGAUAUCCUCAAGCGGCAUUUCCAGAAGUGCUCAUUGCGCAGAGGCAACCCCACCGGUGCCAAUCACUUGGCCCACCAGCGUCGCAACACAAACACGAACAACCGGCUCUCCAUGACGCAGCAGGAUGGGCCGAUUGGACUUGCAAACAUGCCCGAGGUUGCAGGCCCAUCUGGGUAUAACACUGGCGUUGUAGGAAGUAGUCCGAGUGUCAAUGGCGACUUGUCAGGUCGAUCCUCCCGAGCGAACAGUAUCAUAACGCCAGCGAGUAUCGCCAACCGGAACAAUGCAGCAGGACUCGGCAUACUGGCUUCGAAUGGAGCCAAUGGUGAGCAGAUGACCACUUCGGCGCCCUACCAAUCUGGGAUGAAUGCGUAUGCGAUGCAAAACGGUGCCAGCGGCGCGCCAAUGCCGACGAGUUAUCCAUUCAACGGACAGCAGCAAGUCAAUAAUGCUAUCUACAGCAACCCAAACACCCCACAGCAGAUGUCUUUUUUAGGCCAUCAGAGCUCGCGCUUCGACAACAGCCAAGCGAACAACCAUCAACCGAUGCCAAAUGGUGAUGGUAACGGCGUCGACUGGACCCGUAUGUUCACACAAGGUGGCCAGGAUGGCUUUAUCGGCAGCCAUUCUGCGAACGCGAGCUCGCAAGGAAUCUCAAACCUCAAGACCGAAUCUUCAAACCACAAAACGGACUACAACGCUCAAAACGAAGUCAGCAACGAGUCUUUUUUAGGUAACCUUUACUCGCACUCCGGCGGCUUCGGGGGCGAGGAAAUCGAGAAUGGCAUCCCAGGGUUUCCCAACUGGAGCACGGAAGACCCAUUGCAGGCCAAAUGCGACAGUCUGAUGCUGCAUUGCUUCCCAGACGGUCCGGAGUCUGUGCACGGCAACUCCGCCGCCGAACUCAUGCAGAUGUGCUUAAAGCCGGAGAAUGUCAAGCACUUUGCCGAGCACUACACUUCGUUUCAUGGACACUGGCCAAUUCUACACAUGCCAACAUUCAAGCUCACAGACGCGGAAAACAACCUGGUCCUUGCGAUUUUGUGCAUUGGAGCAGUGUACAGUCCCAAGUUGGCUGUACACCAAGUCCGCCAGAUGAUGGAAUUUGUCAAGAAAACCGUGCAGACAAGGUCAAGCGUCUACACUCGGACGCUCAGCGGACAAGUCAACGGUAUGGGCAUUCAGCCAUUCGAAGUGGAAGAACUCCAAGCAUUGUCCAUGCUGCAGACACUCUUCCUGUGGCACGGCGAGCCAUCGCAACGCGAAGCUGCACGCGGUGAAUUCACCAUGUUGGUGCGCAUUGCAAAGGCUAUGGGCCUCUUCCAGACUGCGCCCAUGGGACAUUAUGCCUUCUCCAUGCUGCACUCGCUUCGCAACUCGCAAGCGACCCAAUUCCAGGCAUCGAACUGGAACUGGCAAGGCUGGCUCGAGCAGGAGAAACGUAACCGUAUUCUGUACCAAGUCAUCAUGACCGAUGCGGCGAUGGUCAUGUUCUUCAACACUCACCCUCAAUUGGAUCCGAUGGAAGUCAGUCUCAUGCUGCCUGCCGAUGACGCGGCUUGGGAUGCCGGAACCCAGUACGAAUGCGCGAAUGCUCUCGGGUUGAAUGGUGAACAUGCGCAAGCAAAGAACGCGAACGGCACCCGACGACCUGUGCAGCCAACGAUGCAAGGUGCGAUGUGCGCGCUGCUUGAUAACUACGCCACCUUCCAGCCGAACACGACCAAUGUCUUCUCCAAAUUCUUGCUCAUCCACGCCUUGAUCAUCCGCAUCGUCGCCUGCCAGAAGGCCACGCUCCUUCCAGAAGGUCAAUUCCAAGGCUUCAGCUCCGGGUUCAACACCAGCACGCCUGCUACACCCUUGUCACAGAACGACUGGCUCGAGCAGCAUGGUAAUGGGUCAUUGAGCGCACCCAACAGCGGACACGGUACCCCAACCGAUCAUUACAGCCCGAAAAUGAACGCCACAGCAGCGGCUCACGUGGAGAAGAAACGUCUCGGCCAGGCUCUGGAAAAAUGGAAGCGCAAUUGGGAUCACGAUAUGGAGCUGCAGUAUCCACCGCAGCACUAUCACCAACGGCGUUUCGGCUUCAGCCGCGAUGGCGUUCACUUCUUCUAUCUCGGUCGCAGCUUCCUGCAAUCCCAGCAACCUGCGGACUGGCAAGUUCCUGCAGAUGCGCGAUUCAAGCGGGUCCUCGCUUUGCUCAAGCGCAUCAAGGGCGUUGUCGUGGGCGACAAUGAGAAGAUUGGACAGGACAUCGGCUCUGUCGGCGAUAUCGACGACUCUUAUGGAUUGGACAGUCUCAACUUGGACAUGAAGUUGCUGUUCAAGCCGUACAACAGUCAUCUCGACAGUCCUGUCGUUGGUGUUCAGACUCACAAUCCAGCAUGA